AUUACGGGUCAGAUAGGAGACCGUCGGUUUUAAUCUGGUUGACUUCAGUGUGGUUUAUUUCAGCGUUACACCUCUGAGGAUCUACGCAGGGUAAAAGCUGAGAUCUGUAGAGGGACGCCGACGGACUGUGAACGCUCCCCGACGGCUUCAUCUGCGACUUUUAUCCGCACAAAAUCAAGAUGGUGUUAAUAAUUAGACGCUAGAAACGGCGGCAUGUGUUGAGCCCGUAAAAAAAUAUAAUUAAAGGGUGUUUCCAGAGGAUCCCGGCUGCCAAACAUAGAACAGCUGCAAAUGUGAUUCCUGCUCGUUGCAGAGGCGGUGAAGGAAAAAAAAAAUCCAUCCAGAUGAUGUCAGGAAAGCAUUUCAAGGCUCACGAAGUGAGCUGCUGCAUCAAGUAUUUCAUUUUCGGAUUCAACAUUAUAUUCUGGUUCCUUGGAGUAGCGUUUCUUGCCAUUGGUUUGUGGGCAUGGAGUGAAAAGGGUGUUCUGUCCAACAUCUCAUCCAUCACUGACCUGGGGGGCUUUGACCCUGUCUGGCUCUUCCUUGUCGUGGGUGGUGUGAUGUUCAUUCUCGGGUUUGCUGGUUGCAUUGGAGCGCUGCGGGAAAACUCUUUCCUGCUCAAGUUUUUCUCCGUGUUCCUGGGCAUCAUUUUCUUUCUUGAGCUGACUGCUGGAGUCCUGGCCUUUGUCUUCAAAGACUGGAUCAAGGACCAGCUCAAUUUUUUCAUUAAUAACAACAUUCGGGCCUACAGAGAUGACAUUGAUCUGCAGAACCUGAUCGACUUCACCCAGGAAUAUUGGGAGUGUUGCGGAGCUUUUGGGGCUGAUGAUUGGAAUUUGAACAUCUACUUCAACUGUACUGAUUCAAACCCGAGUCGUGAGAAAUGUGGAGUGCCCUUUUCCUGCUGCACCAAAGAUCCAGCGGAGGACGUCAUUAACACUCAGUGUGGAUACGACAUCCGAGCAAAACCGGACUCUGACCAGAGGUCAUUCAUCUAUAUCAAAGGCUGCGUACCACAGUUUGAGAAGUGGCUUCAAGAUAACCUGACAGUGGUGGCAGGCAUAUUUAUUGGGAUUGCAUUACUGCAGAUUUUUGGCAUCUGUUUAGCGCAAAAUCUCGUGAGCGACAUCGAGGCUGUGAGAGAGAGUUGUUUGUUUACCUAAGACCUCCAGAGAGUUUUCAAAGGCAGGAAAGAUGUACAAGGACUCUGCGGCUCGGAUGCCAGUGUUGGAGGGAAGUACUUUAGUCACCUAAAUUGUGCAGUAUGAAGAGUCUCGCUCAUAUGUAAAUAGUAAAUUUAGAAUUAUUUUUAGAGUU